UGCACAUGCAGUUCUUGAUCAUUUGAUGGAUCUUGAGAAGGGCAAGAAGCCCUCAGAACAGGCUACAGCCUGCAAGAUUAUGCAGCUCAAGGAGAAGUUCAUCACCCUGCAGCCUGUACUGAGAGCAUCUGUGUUCUUGGCGACAGCAGUGGCAGCUGUGAUCAUGGGGCUGAAUAAGCAGUCCUACACUACAGUUGUUGCAAUUGUGGGCACCAAGCCAGUCACACAGACUUUCACUGCCCAGUUCAAAGACACUCCUGCAUUUGUGUUUUUUGUCAUUGCCAAUGCCAUUGUCAGUGGUUAUAACCUGGUGGUGAUGGUGAUGAGGCGCCUUAUGCAACGAAGGGCACAGAGUUUGAUUGUUCAUCUUCUUGACAUGGUGAUCCUGACUUUGUUGGCCACUGGUUCUGCCACAGCGGCGUCGAUGGCUCAGCUAGGAAAGAAUGGUAACUUGCACGCACGCUGGAACCCAAUAUGCGACAAAUUUGGUUCUUUCUGCAACCGUGGAGGAAUAGCACUCGUGUCAUCGUUCAUCGGCGUCGCACUCAUGCUGGCCCUGAAUUUACUGUCAGCUGCAUCCAACUCUUCCCGCUCCAACGUGUCAGGCCAAUGAGCUGUCCAUAUCUCAAGACAGCUCAUUCAUAACAAAAUUAACAAUGCACUAUUUCUGUCUUUGGAUUGUACUCAGGUUAGGGCAGAAGAACUGUAAGUCUAUUAUCUGAUCCAUGUGGGAGCUGGAUCACAGCCUUCAGUGUGCUAAAUUUGGCAUGCAACUGUUCCAUCUUGCUUGGCCUGAAAUGAGCAGGCCAAGAGUACAAACACAUCACUCAAAUUGGUUAUGGGGCUUUAGCUGGAUUGGUUCUUAUAGAUCUAGCUGUUAUAGUACAAAAUUCUACUACAUCCGUCCCUAUAUGUUUG